AGAAGGCUUCAAGGCUCCAAGGUUUAGAUGAUGCAAGUUCGCGAAUGUUACGCGUCUCGAUUCAAAGGUCAUCACUUUUGGCGACCUUCGUUGGGUUUCACCUUGCUUCUUUCAUCAACACGUCUGUCGCACACUUGGCUUCCUCUUCCUCUUACUCCUCAUCAUUCUCGUCAAGCUCAAUCGUUUUGUUGAACACUCUCGGCGUCACACUUCAGGGCAUCGGCUUACGUCAACACUCGGAUCCUCAUGACUCUUGGAGACCCUCAACAGGACAAACGCAGUUGCACAGUCGAAGCCAUGAGUCUCAUUGAGUCCGAUUCGGAUGGUGUGCCGCAAGAGAUCGUUACGCAGGACGUGCUCAGAUAUCAAGAGGCCGCUCAAAGGGCCGAAGCUCGACGCGACGAGGACGAUGACGAUUUUGAGGCAGGCGGAAAGUCUCGAAAGAGACAACGCUCUGAGGCAGCAAAGCCUCAAAGCCCCAAAAGAAGUCGUCCUGUCAAACGAACAUCGCACAAGCCCUCAAUCUCAGCGGACCAACUAUCGAUGACAUCGCCAGCGUUGCAUGCGCUCGAUGACAUGCUCACCCAGGCGACGAUGCCUCUACACGAUGACAGUCCUCGUGACUCCACAAGACAAGGCUCGACGUAUAGCACACCUCUUUUCUUGCCCCUCGAUUCAGAAUCGCCCGAAAAUCAACGCGUGUCUGGUGCAGGCAAGAACUCGAUUGCACCCAGGCUCCUCCAAAUAUUUCAGACUCGUGCUACAUCUCCGAAGAAAGCAUCCGUACCACCAUCGUCACGUGCAGCUACCACAAAGCCUCGACGUCAACUCAGACCUCGGCCCUCUCCGAUCAGAGAAAAUACCCCAUCGCCAACAAUACGAUCAAUCGAAGCUACAGAUGAUGAUCAACGCCAGACAAUCACUAGCAAGAAGUUGCCAUCGCCGCCUCCAGCAUCACUCAUCUUUCCGGCCAAUAACACUGCCGCCAAUUUACAAGCACCGGAACUUUUCAGGUUGAUCUCCGACUUCGGUACCCUGGGCGUACAAAAGCUAGACGCAGCACAAGCCUGCAAAGCAAAGGAGAAAGAGAUCAGCGACCUACUCGCAGCCCAUCAGAAGGAGCUUAACGAGCUGUCAGCAAACUUGCAGAGGCUUGAAAAUGAGCAUGGUGUAGUCUUGGCAAAAUUGCAGGACAAUGGCAUUAAAAUAGACGGUCUCCAAAAGCCAUGAAGCGUCGUCCAUGACACUUCUUAGGCCGGGCCACGUUCUAUUAAUUGGCGCAACUUGUACCGGGUCAUCAAAGACUGCAAUUCGCAUGCUCUAUGAUGAAAGAAGUCGUGAUCGACGAAUCUCAACAGGAGAUGUGA